CAAACGUCGAGUUUCUGAUGCAAUAUUCGUUAGCAAGACGUGAAUGCACUGUAUGCAAGUAGUAGGGAAGGAUUUAGGCCCGCGCGAUUAACAUGAUGUUCUGUGUUUAAGAGCCAGGGAAAUUGAGAAGUUUUUGUCGACAACGUCAAAAUAUAUAGAAUAAUUUUCAAAAUGACGGAGGAAGAUUCGGUAUUUGAUCCUACCUUAAAGAAGAAAAAAAAGAAAAAGAAAACCACUUUUGAUCUUGAUGCUGCGUUUAACGAAGGUGGUAGUAUAGGAGACGCGAUGGAAACUAGUGGUGACAAAGAAAACCAAGAACCGGAGCCUCCUGCGCCUGCCGAGGAUGAUGAAGCGUUAGAUUUAGAAAAUUUUGGAAGAAAAAAGAAGAAGAAGAAAAAAGCAUUUAAUUUAGAUGAACUUGAUGCAGCACUACCUGAUACAAAGAAAGAGGAUGUUGUUGAGCAACAAACAGAGGAAAUUGUUGUGGAUGAUACCUUUGACUUAGAUAUGGACUUCUCAAAAACUAAAAAGAAAAAAAAGAAAAAAAAAGAUCUUGAUGAAUUAGUGGCUGAAGAAGAGCGUAAAGAAAUCGAAGAUAAAGAAAAUGGCUGCACUGAAUCUGAGCGAAGUGCAGAGUACGAAGAGACAAGUUGGGUUGGAUCCGAUAGGGAUUAUACAUAUGACGAAUUGCUGGUAAGAGUAUUUAAUAUUAUGAGAGAAAAGAAUCCUGAUAUGGUUGCUGGUAAAAAGCAGAAGUUCGUCAUGCGUCCUCCUCAAGUAGUGCGCAUAGGCACCAAAAAGACAUCGUUUGCUAAUUUCACAGAAAUAUGCAAAACACUUCAUAGGCAACCAAAACAUUUACUCGACUUUUUACUUGCUGAAUUAGGAACUAGCGGUUCUGUUGAUGGAAAUAGUCAACUUAUAAUUAAGGGUCGUUUCCAACAGAAACAAAUAGAAAAUGUUCUUAGGAGAUACAUUAAAGAAUAUGUCACCUGCCACACUUGUCGUUCUCCGGACACUAUUCUUCAAAAAGAUACUCGACUAUUUUUCUUACAGUGUGAAACUUGUGGCUCAAGAUGUUCUGUAGCUAGUAUAAAAUCUGGUUUCCAGGCUGUCACAGGAAAGCGUGCUGCUAUUCGAGCAAAAACUGCCUAAAAAAAUUUAUCAUACGUCAUGUUCAUCAAUUUUGUAGCAUAAUUUUGAAAUUAUCAGAGAUUUUUUGUGUCAGAAUGCAAUUUUUACUAUAUCUAUUAUAAUGGUGUGCAAUCUGAACACUCAUUUUUUACUUAUGAGAAUUGAGGAUCGUCGGUGUAAAAAACAAACAAUUGUAAAAUUUACAGCACAAUACUUUUUAUCAACUCGCAACAGACAAAAAGAAAUUAUAACAAAGAAUUGUUUCUGAACAUAUUUUCUUCAAGUUCCCUGGCUCUUUUUAAUAUUUUUAUUUCUUGGUUUCGAAAUCUUUGAUAUAUCGUUUCCUACUAAAAUGCAUAUAUGAAAUUAUAUAAUAGAAUUUUAUUUUUUUUUUUACGCAUUUUCAUUUCUUUCGUAAUGAGCGAUGCGUGUUCAAUAUUUUCGAAAAGGCAUAUUAUAAUUGAAUUGUACACAUAAUUUAAAUAGCAAAGACAAAACAGACACACGAUAAUACAAAUUAAAUUAUCCAUUUGUCUACCAUUGUGACAUACAGCAUCCUGUAUAAAAAACUGUCGAUUAGGUAUAAAAUGGUAUAGAUUACCAGUUGUUAACGAUAGAUUUAAGUUAUAACAGUUUGUUAUAUCAUUUUCUGUAUACAAGAAAAUUGUAACAUUAAAUUUAAGUAUAUUACUACGCAUGGCGAAAAGUAUUAUUCCUAAAAUUAUCUUUUCAUGAGAAGUGUCGUAAUAAAAUGCAGAGAUCUUUUUUAAGCGAUCAAUGGCUACUUUUCUUAGCUAAUUUAUUCAACUGUAUUUACUAGGUAAUAAAUCUAUCUUAAGAAACUUUA